AUGGAUGUACCCGGCAGCGACGACUUGUACAGCGGCUUAGACAUCCCCUUACAAACAAAGCGUCAGCAAAAAGACGAGACGGGGGCAGAGAAUGGCGACCACGACCAAGUAGACGACCAUCCGACGACGGCAACGGAGCUCAGGGCACCUGCGAAGCGGCCGCGGCGUGCAAAGAAAGCCCGGAGCGUUUCGGACACGAUGACAAAACUCGAAAAACAUUUGCUGCUCGACAAGACAUUUGCCAAAGCCAGUGCGUUGUUCAGCCAGUUCAUUGUCGACCACUUGACUGUCGAGUAUAGUGCGCUCUUUCUACAGACUUUGACGACGGUAAUGGACGUAAAGCGCGAGACGCUGAGCUGCAAGACAGAGUGGAAAGAGUUGCACACACUUGUGGACACACUCGAGACAAAGCGCGACGUGGUUUUGGACGUCCGAGACGACAUGGAGCGGAAAAAGCGCGAGCGAAAACUAGACGCGUGGAAGUUCUCGGUCGUUACACACAACGAGCUGUGCACGGACGAAACGUAUCAGUUCAACAAAGCUGCCAAGGCCGUGCAGCUUCGAUUCGACGAAAUGGUUGACAGGGAAAAAGGUCACGAUGAAAGUGACCUGGCGCAGCGACUGCAUACGGAGCUGAUGCCACUGUUGCGCACAUUGUCUAGCAAAGUGAAUGUUGCAUGGGCGGCAACUAUAGUCGAAGGCGUGUUGGCUCUGGCAACACGCCAUCGUCUACUGUUCCAUGCAAAAGACCGCGUCGACAUCGAUGCAUGGACAAAAGCCGUAAAAGAUCGUCGUAGCGCACCGGCCAUUGCCCGAUCUGCCGCGUCUGACGCCCGACGCAACAUCGUUGCCAUCGCUGGGUAUGAACACUCCGAAGCUGGCGCUAAGGUUCCCGGUAGAUGCAACCACCCACUGUUCAAUAAAGAAGUUUGA